AUGACUGAAGCUUAACAAUUAGAAGAAUUUACAAUAUACGGGAUUCAAAGUGAAUUCAGUGCGAGAGGUCAAAUUAAAUAUGAGGAUCUAAGAAUGCUGAUAUCAGAUUAUAUGUAGAUGUAGCCUAUCUUUUACUUGGUAGUUCAGAUCCUUGAACAAGAACAUUAAAUUUAGAUAGUGGAAAAGAUCAAAAUUGACAUCUAAACCAUCUUCUUAACUUUUAGAUCCCUUUACUUUCUACAGGAAGUUCCAAGGGUAUUUCACUUAUUCUUUAUUUCAGUUCCUAAAUGGACGCUUAACACAUCUUAAUGUUCGUAACAUCAAAGCAGCCAUUUAACUUUAUCAUGAUGGACUUCUUACGUAAUCCCUUAUUCUUUAUCUAGAAUGAAGGAUAUAAAAGAUGCUUGUCUUAUAUUCCAUCUUCGAGAAUAAGAGUUAAUGAGUGAAGGAGUACCAUGUAAUGCAACUGAAAUUAACAAUUUAUUAUGGGUAUACACUUUUAUAACUUAUUCCUUAUUUCAGGCAAUAGGAAAAGCAAUAAGCACCAGCGUUUUGGAAGAAUGGAUAAAACGAUGCGCAGACUUCCUAUAGAUUAAGGGUUUUAUUUAAGAAUUUGAGUUUCUCUACCUUAUGGCCAAUACUGUUGACAGAUGGGCUUAUUAUGAGAAGAUUCCUAAAACUAAGAUGGAUCUUACAAGAGAUCCCAAAAUGGUUUAAUUAUUAAACUACUUUAGGACAAUCUCUAUGUCGUAGAUUAAACUGGAUAUAAAACUGCCAAGAAUCCAGAUGCAAAAAUACAACAUUAUAUGAAUUAUCAAUACAAUAUGGACAAGGCUGUCUUUAAGGGUAGAUCCUUAAAAGAUAGGAAUGAAUACUAUAUUUAAAAAAGAACGUAAAAACAUCAAUAAUUCUUGAAAAACAAGGAUGCUGGUAUGGGUGAAUUUAAAAAACUCUUAAGAGAUCCUGAAUUGUAUGUGGAAAUUAAGUCGAAAUUAAAAAAUGCUUAGCAAAUUCUAAAUCAUUCUAAAUUGAAUGGAAAGAUGCUCAGAGUAUAAUUACGAGAAGAAUUUGCUGGAUCAAAAGAAUUUCUAUAAUCUUAAAGCAAUUAGCACAAUAAAUAAUUACAAAAUGAGGAAUCUAGAAAGAGCAUACCAACAAUUAAAUAAUUAAAGGAGCAUCCUUAAUUCUAAAAAUAAACAUAAAAAAUUUAGAUAUCAGACGCUAUUGAAGAUAUCAAAUAAGAUGUUUAUUAGCAUAAGAAAAUGAUGUAAGAUCCAGCUUUCAUGACUGAAUAUUUAUAAAGAGCAUCAAGUGCAGUCAGUACAAAGGCAUCAAUGAGAAAAAAUACAAGUGGCAAAUUAGCAGUUUAAUCUUAAACAUCUUUAAGGCCAUCAACUGCUAUAGUCAUGCCAACACAAACUAAAAUGUCUAGGCCUAUUACAGCAAUUAGUAGUCAGGAACACUAGAAACCACGAUUAUCACAAACAAAUGUUAAUUAAUCUUAAUAUUUUAGAUUCCUAAAAUUUUGGAAGAGGAAAUUGAAAUAUUCGGAAAUGAACAAUAAGAAAGUAAGAAUUAAAAUACAGUAUUUUAUGGUUCUUCGAAUUCUACUAAGCGUUUAUAUAAUAUAGACUUACCCUGGCAUAAGUCGUCAUUGCAAAAUUAAUGA